AGGUUGGUGUAGACAGGGACCUGAAGAAAUAAACGACAAAGAAACAACAACUUAAUAAGAUAAAAUUUCAUUUUUUUUUUGUUCGGAAGAAAAUAUAAAUAAAAAAGAGGGAAAAAAUUCGAAAAUUUUCUGCAACCACCAAAAGCUCAGCCAAAAGCAGAGGCCACAAUUCUCUCUUCAUCUCUCCACAAGAUAAACCCAAUUUUGUUUUUUUUUUUGUUCAUGUUUCAAAUCUGUUUCUAGAAUUUCACAAACCAGAGAGAGAGAGAGAGAGGUUUAGCGAAAAAUGGCGAUGGCCAUGGCUCUUCGAAGGCUUUCUUCUUCAAUUGACAAACCCAUUCGUCCUCUUAUCAGAUCCACUUCUUGUUACAUGUCUUCGUUGCCCAGUGAAGCGGUUGAUGAGAAGGAGAGGUCUCGUGUCACUUGGCCAAAACAGCUUAACGCACCUUUAGAGGAGGUUGACCCUGAGAUUGCUGACAUUAUUGAGCAUGAGAAAGCUAGACAAUGGAAGGGACUUGAACUUAUUCCAUCUGAGAACUUCACAUCUGUGUCGGUGAUGCAAGCUGUUGGGUCUGUCAUGACUAACAAGUACAGUGAAGGGUAUCCUGGUGCUAGAUACUAUGGAGGAAAUGAGUACAUAGACAUGGCAGAAACCUUAUGCCAGAAGCGCGCUCUUGAAGCUUUCCGGUUAGAUCCUGAAAAGUGGGGAGUGAAUGUGCAACCUUUGUCUGGAUCUCCUGCCAACUUCCAUGUCUAUACUGCAUUGUUAAAGCCGCAUGAAAGAAUCAUGGCUCUUGAUCUUCCUCAUGGUGGUCAUCUUUCUCAUGGUUAUCAGACUGACACCAAGAAGAUAUCUGCUGUGUCUAUCUUCUUUGAAACAAUGCCUUAUCGAUUGGACGAGAGCACUGGCUACAUCGACUACGAUCAGAUGGAGAAAAGCGCUACUCUUUUCAGGCCAAAACUGAUUGUUGCUGGUGCGAGUGCUUAUGCUCGAUUGUAUGAUUAUGCCCGCAUCCGAAAGGUCUGUAACAAGCAAAAAGCUGUAAUGCUAGCAGAUAUGGCACACAUCAGUGGUUUGGUUGCUGCUAAUGUAAUCCCUUCACCGUUCGACUAUGCUGAUGUUGUAACCACCACAACCCACAAGUCACUUCGUGGACCCCGUGGAGCUAUGAUUUUCUUCAGAAAGGGUGUUAAGGAAAUUAAUAAACAAGGGAAAGAGGUUUUGUAUGAUUUUGAAGACAAGAUCAAUCAAGCUGUCUUCCCUGGUCUUCAAGGUGGUCCACACAACCACACUAUUACAGGACUAGCUGUUGCUUUGAAACAGGCAACUACUUCAGAGUACAAAGCAUACCAAGAGCAAGUCCUGAGUAACUCUGCAAAGUUUGCUCAGACUCUGAUGGAGAAAGGAUAUGAACUUGUUUCUGGUGGAACUGACAACCAUCUGGUUCUAGUGAAUCUGAAGCCUAAGGGAAUUGACGGAUCUAGAGUUGAGAAAGUGUUGGAAGCUGUUCACAUUGCAUCCAACAAAAACACUGUUCCUGGAGAUGUUUCUGCCAUGGUUCCUGGUGGAAUCAGAAUGGGUACUCCUGCUCUCACUUCCAGAGGCUUUGUUGAGGAAGACUUUGCCAAAGUAGCUGAAUACUUUGACAAAGCUGUGACGUUGGCUCUCAAAGUCAAAUCUGAAGCUCAAGGAACCAAGCUGAAGGAUUUUGUGUCAGCAAUGGAAUCUUCUUCAACCAUUCAAUCCGAGAUUGCGAAACUGCGCCAUGAAGUUGAGGAGUUCGCUAAGCAGUUCCCAACAAUUGGUUUUGAGAAAGAAACCAUGAAGUACAAGAACUAAACUGUUUUAUCCCACAAGUCUUUUUUAUCAUGCUUUGAAGUCCCAUGGAAUGUAUAGAUGAUACAUGUAAAACUCUAUUUUACCCUAUGCGAAAAAUAAUGAUCUGCAAAAUCUCUGUUAUAUACUGA